CCGCCUUUUAGGCAUCCCGAGGCGCUCGCCCCUGCCCCGGCGCCCUGCCGCGGCGAGAGCGCCCGGCCCGCAUGGCGCCCCGGCGGGGCGCGGGCGCGGCCGCGGCCGCGCUCGGGCUGCUCCUCGCGGGGCGCCCGCCGCUCUUCGCCACGCCCCAGGAGCCCCAGCCGCGGCCCGCGUGUCCGAGGCCGACGUCGCCGCCUACCGGCGCGACGGCUUCGUGCACCUGCGCGGCGCCAUGGGCCCAGAGCCCAGUGCCGCACCUGGGAGGCGUUCGCGGAGUCGAUGGAGAGGCCGAGCCCGCACGCGGAGGUGGUGCCCGAGGAGAGGCCGAGGUGAUGUGGUGGAACCCCUUCGCGCCGCAGGCCAGCCGCCGUCCCCGCAACUCCUGGGGCGACUUCAUGGACUUCGUCUUCUUCGAGCACGGGCGGGGCCGGACGCCAGCCUGGGACGCGGUCGUCUCCGGCUCGCCCGCCGCCGCGCUCAUCGCCGGGCUGAUGGGCUCCGCGACCGCGGCGUUCUUCUACGGGCAGCUCAUCCUCAAGCGGGGCGGCGCCGGGAGGGUGAUCCCCUGGCACCAGGACCUGCCCUACUGGAAGAUCGCGGGCAGCCAGGUCGGGACGGUCUGGGUGGCCCUGGACGACAUGCCCGCCGAGGCCGGGGUGCGGUACAUCCCAGGCUCGCACCGCUGGCCCUGCGAGGCCCGCCAGUGCGUCGACGUGUCGGAGGCACAGGCGGCAGACGCCGUCUCCUUCGCGGUGGCGGCGGGAGACGCCGUGUGCUUCGACGCGCGCGUCGUACACGGCUCGCCGGGCAACCCAGAGGGCCCAGGCAGCAGCCACCGGCGGGUGGCCCUGCGCUUCGGGGGCGAUGACGCCGUGUAUUGGGAGAGGGCAGGCCAUACGCCCAUCCCCGUCGCCGAGGUCGACCGCGCCCACGGGUUGAGGCGUUCGGGAGACACCAGUUGUCCACCUGCACCGAUCCUGGCCAGGCCCAUCCUGGGCCCAGGAUCAGUGCAUCCGCCUCGCUGGCCAAGCCAGGAGUGCGCACACACACCAACCCUCGGGCCAAGAUUGGCCGGGCCAGCCAGGAUCGGUGCAGAUGUAUCGCUCGCGUCAUCCUAGGCAUGGGGAGCCCAUUGCGUGCGCGCACUUCCCGCGCGUCUUCGCGGACGCUCAGGCGUGACGUUGCAUGGCCAGGAUGUUUCUGAUCGGCGCCAUUUUCUUGUUUAGGGCAGGGACCGCUUACGGCGGCGCGUUUCCGGAUUCUCCCGGUUUUGUAUCUAGAGCUCUCCUGAGCCAAGGAUUCCAGUUUAAGGGUCUGUGCUCUGCCUUGUGAUCUGCGCAUCCCAUCAUUUUUAAAGUUUCAAGUUCCAUGGGUGUGCUUACAGACAUUGAACUACCUCGCCUUUUGUGCUCACGCCAGUUUGAGCUUGGAGCUCGGCUGCCCGUACUUUUGGAUGCGUUCGGGUGAGAUGGCAUGCUUACUCGGAAGUUCCUUUCACUCGAACGUUGGAGCACACGCUUCAAUGGCAAACUUUUUAGUGUGUAUUUUUCAAGCACUGGGCGUCCAAGUGGGCCAGAUGGUCCACGGGUCGACGAACCCCUCGACGUCUCAACAUCGCGCACAAACGCGUUGCUUCCUCGUCGCCCCUCCGCCUCCUCUUCCUUCCUAUUUCAAUAUCAUUAUCUCCCCCUCCUACUGCUCUCCUGCUCUGCCCUGCCCUCUCCUCCUCGCUCCUCGCCCGCCUUCCUCGCCGUGGCUGCCCCGCGCCCGGCUCCUCCCUCGCGAGGCCCUGG